AUGAACACUGACCUAACAGGAAAACCAAAGACUAAUCUUGAUGAAGCCAAGAAUGUGGCAGCUGCUAAGUAUGAUGAAUUAAAGGACAAGGCUUAGUUUGCAGUGGACCAAACCUCUGAUAAAGCAAAUGAGAAUUAUUAUGCUGCAAAAUAAAAUAUCAGAGCUGGAACUCAAGACAUUAAAGAGAAGGCUAGAGAUAUUACAAAAUGA